GAUUGCUUGACUUAAAUCUCCAGAAGACAAAAAUGCAGCCGGGUGUCCAAGUCUUGGUAAAUGAUCCUAGGGAGCUUGAGAAGAUUCGUGAAACGGAAGCUGAUAUGACAAAAGAACAUAUUGAGAAACUUUUGAAAGCAGGAGCUAAUGUUAUUUUAACCACAAAGCGGAUUGAUGACAUGGCACUCAAGACAAGCUUCUUCAUUAGUUUCUUACUUUGUGGAGGCUGGGGCUAUUGCUGUGAGACGUGUCCGAAAAGAAGAUAUGUUGUUAAGGCAACUGGUGAAACCAUGGGGGAAGAGACUUUUGAUUCAUCACUACUCGAAUAUGCUGAUGAAGUAGUGGAGUGCAUUGCUGAUGAUGAUGUGAUUAUAUAUGAUAAAGGGGACAACAACUACUGGUUUCCCUGAUCCUUAGAGGUGCAAACGACUACAUGCUUGACGAGAUGGAGAGAGUUCUGCAUGAUGCUUUGUCUAUUGUGAAAAGCACCCUUGAAUCCAAUAUGGUAGUAGCAUGUAGGGGUGCAGUUGAAUCUGCCUUGUCUGUGUACUUGGAGUAUCUUGCUACAACGUUAGAAUCUAGAGAACAAUAGGCAAUUGCAGAAUUUGCUGAAUCUCUUUGGAUCAUACCAAAGCAUGGGACUAGACUUUACAAACGGAACAAUCUGCGACAAUUUAAAUGCAGGAGUUGUUGAGCCUGCAACGAGCAAACUAAAGAUUACUCAGUUUGCGACGGAAGCAGCAAUAACUGUCCUUCGAAUUGAUGAUAUGGUGAAGCUUUUCAAAGAUGAAAGUCAGAAUGAGGAAGAAUAGGGUGAUUGAUUUCGUUUUUGUUCUUGAAAUGAAAUGAAUGCUUGUUU